UCUCGAAUGACAUAAUGACAUUAUAAAGUAGGGUUAUGUCCUAAUGUUUAUUUCUUGUGCCGAAUGUAAAUGUUUUGUAUUUAACUUAUUUUAUACUAGAUUAUCAGUAUUAGAACAGAAUUAGAAGAACGUUUUAGGAAUUAGCAAAAUAUGUUAGGUGUAAGAGUAACUUCGUUCAAUGAGAACCUUGGCGAACCUGAGCAAGAUGCAAAUUCGGCACUCACCGAGCUUGAUAAAGGUCUCAGGUCAGGAAAAGUCGGAGAACAAUGCGAAGCCAUAGUUCGAUUUCCAAAACUAUUUGAAAAAUACCCUUUUCCUAUUUUAAUUAAUGCUUCUUUAUUAAAGUUGGCUGAUGUAUUUCGCAUGGGGAACAAUUUUUUGCGGUUGUGUGUUUUAAGAGUCUGCCAGCAAAGCGAGAAACAUUUAGAUAAAAUAUCUAAUGUUGAUGAGUUUGUAAGAAGAGUGUAUAGCGUUAUUCAUUCAAAUGAUCCUAUUGCUAGAGCUGUAACAUUAAGAACUUUUGGAUCAGUUGCUUCCAUAAUACCGGAAAGACAACAAAUUCAUCAUAGUAUUAGGAGAAGUCUAGAUUCACAUGAUAGUGUUGAAGUGGAAGCUGCUAUAUAUGCAGCUAUUCAAUUUGCUGCUCAAUCAAAAACUUUUGCUGUUAGUAUGUGCAAUAAGGUUUCCGAUAUGAUACAAGGCCAAGCCACAACAGCAAAUAUGAAACUACAAUUAAUUCCUAUUCUACAAUACAUGCAUCACGACACUAAUACAGCUGUUAUGGUGAGAACAUUGUGUCUAGAUCUUUUACCCAGUUAUCCAGCACAAGAUUUUGUGUUAGUCAUAUUGAACACUUUAACAAAAUUGGCAGCUACAACGCUUGUGGAUAUACCUAAUCAAGUUACAUUGUUAUUAAAAUAUCUCAAAAACGAUCCAAGAUGGGAAGUUAAGUCUAAAGCUCUUCAGCAUCUUUAUGAACUAGCUAAACCUGGAGCUCACCUUUGGCCACAAGGUGCUGCAGAUGAUCUUAUAGAUUAUGUUUUUAAUACAAAAUGGAACAAGAUUUUGAUGCCUGGUCUUUGUGUAAUACAGGUGUUGGUAGAAUCUCCAAAACUGUGUCACCAGCAUAGGUUAUCUGGUUCAAAAUUGAGGGAAUUGUGUGGCAAACAUUGUUUUUCGCCAUAUGCGGCUAUAGCUGCUCAAGCUAUACAGAUUUUAACUCAAAUAGUAUGUUGUUGCUUUAGUGAUGAUCUUGAACCUGAUGGGACUGAGGACGUUAUAUCAGCCUUAGAAACUUUGAUACUAUUGUUAACUUAUUCUGAACAGAAGCAACCUAAACAUCUUAAAGUGGCAUUGAAGUGUGCUGUAAGGCUCUGCCAAGCCAGGCUAGAUUAUUGCGAGACUUUUGUUGAUUUGCUUGGUACUAGGCUAGAUAAUAUAAGUGGGGACUACACAAUAGUAAUUUGUGAAGCACUUGGUGCUAUUGGUGGGUUAAAACCCGAAACACUUUUACCUCAGAUGGACACAAUAUUGUCACUUUUAACUACUUUGAGCACAGUUCAAAAUCCAAACGAGAUGCAAGUUACAACAAAGAUCAUGCUGUGUACGUUGAUUUUUCAAACUAUGUCAGGCUAUAAGUGGAAUGAUCAUACACAAGAAGUGAUUUUUGGAGUUGUAAAAGAUAAUAAUCUUUGGGCUAAUUACUGUAUAGCUAGGGCUGCUGCUAGGUAUGGCCAUCAUCAAAUUGGCACUGUGAUAUUUAAACAGUUAACUGAACAAGUUAGUUCUGAACAUUUCCACUUUUGGUUGGCUUGUCUCAAAGAGAUGUGCGAAGCUGAGGCGUCGCUUUAUGAUGAGGAUUCUAAUAGUCUUGUUACCAGACUUGAUAAAGCUGUCCUUCAUUAUAACAAAGCCAUAGCUGCAUUAAAGGCUGCGAGUACUCCAUCACAUAAUUUGACUUUUCAAGCAGAAUAUAUGAGAAUUAGAGCUGAAUUCCUACAAUGCUUGGCGCAAUUAGUGUAUACCUGCAAUAUUUUGUGCAUUGUUCCUCCUCCAGCGAUAGCAGCAACUAUUGUACAAAAUACUAGAGACGAACAUCAAAGGCAUGGCUACAUUACAAACCAGCUACGAAAAUGCGUAAAAGAUUUCAAAAACUGCGGAGAUCUUCAUUGGAAAUUAUACCAGACUGCUUUUGAUGCAGACCCAGCUACUUUGGAAAAUAUGCAAAUCUUACAGCAGGUGUGUGUUUUGAUGGAACAAUGUUUAGAACUGGUUUGUACCAGCGGAACACGAAUUCGCGAAGGACCGAUGGAGUUUGGAAUGAAGAAUAUCAAGCUGGAAUCAAGAGAAUUGGUUAGGGCGUGUGACAGUGCACUUAAUGUUGCUCAAAACCUUCUGGAGGAUAGUGCUACUUCUACAAUAACACAUAAGCAAGUGGAAAUUUUAAAGAAGAUCGUAGAAAUCCUUGCCAACGCUUCUCUUCCAAUGCCAAGAUAUUUCUUCCAAAUUCUCCAAUCUACCAGUGUAAAACUUGCCAUAUCCCCUCAACCAAGAGUAAUGGGGGAAUUCAUAAGCGUACAAGCUGGGUCUCAGUUGGCUGUUAAAGUUGAAGGUGUCAUUCAACACGGUAUGAAACCCGGCCUCUUCAGAAGAAUCGAACAGGUCGUCAUUACUGUGACGUCACAAUUACAGAGUGGUGUGAAAACAAAGGACGUUAUUGAUCCCAAGGUCCUGGAACAAGUAUCAGUCCUAUCACAAACUGUAUCUCCCCAUAAGGACUUCUUUUCUGCACAAUUCCUGUUGGCAUUUCCUAGGGGAGGACAAUAUCUUUUAGCUGUAGAGGCGUCGGUUAUAGACGAGCAAAGCAAUACAUGGAAGACUGGACCAAAGAGUUCAUUGACAGUUAAGGUACCUGAAGAACAAAAACUUGCCCCUAUAUCGGUACCCGGUAUGGCAAAUAAUGCUAAUGUAAUUUUAAUGCCAGAGGAUAGUUUAUUUAUUAGACCUUACCAAAAGAAAACUUAAAUAUAUUUUUUUAAGAUAAAUGUACUCAAUACCGUUUUUAUAUAAAUAAAUAUGACAAAAUAUUUUUUUCUAAUUUCUAAAAAUAUUUUUUAUUUCUAAUUAUUUUUUGCAUAUUAAGUUUCAAAUAAUAGCAUUUUAUU